AUGACCAAAGUCCUUCUCCUCGGUGCUACUGGUUAUGUCGGCAAGAGGCUAGUUGACACCCUUGUUCGAAGCGGCCAAUACAAGGUGUACGGCAUCGCUCGCUCAGAGGCCAAGGCCAAGGCAUUGGCUCUCGCAGAGGUCACGCCCAUCAUCUGCGCUGAUCCGGUCAAUGAUCCCGUGUCCUAUAUGGAGGCAGUCCGCAAUAAGCACAUCGAUGUCAUCGUUGAUAUUGCUGGUGCAAACCAGGAGUCGGCCAAGUUCCUUAGUCAGGCAAAGAAAAUCGGUCAAGAGCGAUUGAACAGCUAUGCAGCCGCUGGCAUCACGGGCCCUAAGUUGGGCUUCGUCUACUGCUCAGGCACCUGGGUCCACGGAUCCAGCAACCAGUCGGUGAACGAUCUUCACAUUGCCGGUCCCAAUGCCGCAACCCCUCCAAGGGCCCUUGUUGCGUGGAGAGUUGGCCUCGAGAAUGCCAUUCUUGGCUCCGCGGACGUUUUGGAUGUCGCUGUUGUACGGCCCGCUCUGAUCUACGGCCGCGAGAACACUAUAUGGACUCCAUUCGUCUUGCCACUUCUCCAGGCAGCCCGCAGCGGCUCGUCAGAGACUGUGAACAUUCCUUUGCAAGCCGAUGCCAGGCCGGCUCUCAUCCACGUCGACGACGUGGCCACCGGGUUCCAAAAAGUAAUUGAGAAGCUUCCCUUGAUCAACGGUGGCUCCGUCUAUCCGGUCUUUGAUCUGCUCACCAGCCAGGAGAGCAUGUCUGAGAUCUUUUCAGCCAUGGCCUCUGUUUGGGACUUUAAGGGAGACUGUAGGCUGAUUGGGCCUGGUGAUGAUUUGUUUGCCGAGGCUAUGAGCACGAGUAUGAGGGGGUCUUCAUCGCGUGCGAAGCAGCUGCUUGGAUGGGAACCGACCCGAACCAACGGAUAUGUGGCGGAUAUGGACGUGUAUGCGGCUGCCUUUGCCUCUCAGCACUGA